AUGGACAAUCCAGACAACUACAUUGUGAAUAUUUUCAAAAACGAAAUCCAAAUCAAAAGAAUUCGAAAGGAAUUGAAAUAGUUAGAGGUCCUAGACAGCAAGGAAUUCAAAAUUAACCUGAAGCAAUUGUCUAAUAAUUUACAAAUCAUCGUUGAAAUGCAACCAGUUGUACCCUUAAAUUAAGGCAAACCAAUCAAAUUUUGCUUAUACCUUGAUAAUAAAUUCCCUUUCGUAUUUCCCAGAGUUCAUCUUCUUAGUCAUUUAACUAAGCCCACUUUUGCUGAUGGAAGAGACUAUAUCGAAGAUGUUUUACAUUAAUAAUGGAGCCCAUCCAUUUUGCUCAAUGAAAUCAUUCAAAAAUUUCCUAAAUUUCUCGAUUAAGUGAGACAUUAUAAAGAUGAUAGAGAUCAUUUGCUUUCUUUGGGCAAAUAUAAUUUAGAUUAGGAAUACGAGGGAUCAUUGGGGUUGGAAGAUGUCGAAUACUUUUAAUGCAAAGAAAUACUAAGUGGAAGAUCUUACCAGAAAAUAUUAUAAUUAAGCAAUAGCUACAUCUUGAUCUUGGAAUACUAAAAUAAAGUCUUGAUUCUCUAAAGCUUUUAACCUACUAAAGACUUAGUUAAAGUUGAAAAGAUAGAGAAUAGUGCCCAAUUAACAUGGAGAUCUGAUGACAAUUUCAGACUCCAAACAGUAACCCCUUCAAACAUCGAUUAAUUUAUGGAUUCAAUCCUUCUCUACAAAACUGGUGCUUCCGGUAAAAAAAUCUAGGAAGAAGAAGUAACCUUACAAAAGUUUGAGAAUUUUUAAAUCUAAAAACUCCUUGAUUCAGUAAGUUACUAUGAGAAAAAUCUAGAGCAGGAACUCAACCCUUAGACAUUGAAUUCUCUUAUGGACUCAUAUCAAUAAGCUAUUGAAUAUUUUUCUGCAGUUUCUGAUGAAGAUUUUAAGGAAUAUGUUAUGCGUCUUUAAAAUUUACUAGGGAGAGAGGAUGUCUAAAAAAUACUAUCCAAUAAAUUGUGA